AUGCGAUAUCAACCAGUGAACAAGUAUAGAAACGCCGUUAGCCGUGUAGCUCCCAAAGAGCACUGGUAUCCCGAUUUGCAACUGGCAACAUCAUCGGAUAGCGCAAGACUAAUUCAAGCCAACAAUAACUGCAUCGCUGUCAAAUGGACCGGGAAUGGUGGAUCUAUUGGGUUGCUGCCUCUUGAUAAGACCGGGAAAGGAUGUGCCAACGAGACACGGGUAUUCCAGGCUCACGGCGGUGCAUCAAUAACAGAUUGGGAAUUUUCGCCGUUCCAUGAGAAUCUUCUUGCUACAGGUGCCGAGGAUGGCAUGAUCAAGCUUUGGGAUAUUUCAACCGUAUCCGACAACAAUCAACCCGCUUGUGUAUCCACAAUUUCUCUACCAUCCAGGAAGGUGGCAUCAUUAGGCUUUCAUCCUACAGCAGAUAAUAUUGUAUCCACCUUGGGCAACGAAGGCAAAUCCCUUUGUAUAUGGGAUAUCCAAUCUUCAGAUCAACCAUCCUUGGACAUCAAGAAUACGUCGCCCAAUCCUUUUCAAUCAUUUUCAUGGAAGUCCGAUGGUCGCUUAGUGAGCACGAUUGCUAAAUCAUCAUUGACGUUAUGGGAUCCCAGAGCAAGUGAAGCUCAAUUAUCGUCUGGUGUUGGCCAUGAAGGCAUCAAGGGCUCUCGUGUUGUCUGGUUAGGAGAAUCAAAUUACCUUUUCACAGUCGGCCAAAGCAAGUUCCGUAGUCGUGAAUAUGCUGUAUGGGAUGCACGCAACAUGGCCAAGCCUUUCAAAAAGACAACGCUGGAUACAUCUUCGGGUAUCAUGCUCCCUCUUUAUGAUCAAGAUACCGAGACCAUGUAUUUGGUCUCUCGAGGCGAUGCCACGAUCCACACUAUUCAAUUUUCAGAUUUGGCGACCACACCUUCGUUAGCUGAGAAUCAACCAUGCGGUACAACAGCAUCCAUUUAUGGAGCCACCUUGCUACCAAAGACAUCCCUACGUGUCAUGGAAACCGAAAUUGCUCGCAUUCUAGCUGUUGUUGAUAAUGGUGUUAUGCCCGUAUCAUUCCACGUGCCAAGAAAGCAAUACAUUGAUUUCCAUGGCGACUUGUAUCCUGACACCAACGGUGAUGAACCUGGUGUCACCGGCCAAGAUUGGUUAGCUGGAAAGGAUGGCCAAGUACCCAAAGUAUCUCUACGUCCUGGACAACAACAACAGCAACAACCACAGCAGCCUUCACAAUCAAAUACAACCACAACAGCAUCACCAGCACCAGCAUCAACAGCAUCAGCACCCGCACCCGCACCCGCAGCACCAACAUCCGUGCCACCAACAACCCAAGAAAAGGCUGAUGACAGCAGCAAUAUACAAAAGAACGACACCAAGCCUGAGACGACCACAACAACAGCUGCUAAACCAGACAUGGCUGAUAAAGCUCCAGAGACACCCUCCCAGCCAUCCAAUGUCAAACCCAAGGUGUUGCCAAAGUAUGGAGCUGCCAAGAUGAAUUCAUUCAAGUACCUUUAUGGCAAGAUGAUCCAUCCUACCUAUGAUGAUCUUCGAGACCUUUCUAUCGACAAAGCUGGUAUUUCAGAGUUGAUCCAGGCUAGUGCCGAUUUUAUUGCUGUUCCCAUUGCAGGCGCAGGUGGUCGUGUGGGAAUCAUUCAGCAAGUUGAAAAGCCUUCUCGUCUCCCUACCCAUCUUCCUUGUGUGGUCUGUGGUUCUCCUGUCACCUACUUUGUAUUCGAUCCUUUUGAUUCCCAUAAGCUGAUAACAGCUUCUGAAGAUAGCGUCAUCCGAUUUUGGAAGUUAUCAUACGAAGACAAGGAUGAUCCUGUAUUCGACUUGGUCAAGAGCAUCAAAGAUCCAUCCAUGGAUAAGAUCAGCCAUAUUCUACCUCAUCCAAAUGCACAAGGCGUCUUAUUAAGUGCAUCCAAUGAUCUCGACAGCGCUGUGGUGCGUAUAUGGGAUGUUGAAAAUGAAGAAGCCAAGGUCAAAUUUACCGUUACUGCUUCCCCUCUUUCGGCUGCAUGGAGUCCUGAUGGCAACAAGGUGGCUAUUCACAGCAAGGACAAGCAAUUGCAAAUUUAUGAUGCACGUUCUGGUACCUUGAUUGGUAAAACAAAGUCGCAUGAUGGUAUUCGACCUUCUCGUAUCAUGUGGAUGGACGAUCAUCGUCUUGUGAGCGUUGGAUUUGGUGCAGGCUCAAUGCGUGAAGUGCUCGUUUACGAUAUCAAUCAAUUUGAAAAGCACAUUGCCAAAAAGAUGCUUGAUGUUUCACCCAGCGUGAUGAGUGCCCACUAUGAUCCCGAUUGUAAGAUCCUGUAUGUGGCUGGAAGGGGCGACCGGAUUAUCCAUACCAUCUCGAUCAAUGAUAAAGAAUUGGAAUCGCUGUCCCCCGUGGAAUGUGGAUCGCUUCAGCAGGGGUUUGCCUUUUUACCCAAGCGCUUAUGCAAAGUGGAUCAAGUAGAAAUUGCAAGGUUCUUCCGAUUGACGCCAACAAGUAUUGAACGUCAUGGUAUUCGUGUACCAAGAGCAAGGCCUGAAUUCUUCCAAGACGAUAUCUUCAUUGAUACAGCGGACGUUGAACAUCCCUCACAAAAUGCAAGCUCAUGGUUUGAUGGUGUUGAUACGCCCUUGUCCAAGAUCUCCCUCAAGCCGGAUCAAAUGACAGCAUUAUCCGAUGCUCCUCCUCCACAACAUGCGCAUGCCAAUAAUCAUGCCAAACAACUUAUGGAUAUCACAACCACACACGAACACCGUGAAAAUGCCAUGGAUGCCAUGUUUGCUUCGGCCAAGAACGUUGACGACGAUGAUCAUCAAAAGAUGAAGCACGCUACUACUAGUAAAGAAGAUGAAGAGGUCGCUGAAGAUGAAUGGGAUGACUAG